AUGGCAUGGCAAAAAGAGUUUAGUCUUUCGAAGCGUUCAAAGGGUUGUCAUCUCAUCACCGACGAGAUUAUCAAUCAUAUACGACCAGGCCUGCACGAUGUUAAGAUCGGGAUACUUUAUCUCUUUAUACAGCAUACAUCUUGUGGCAUUACAGUAAACGAGAACUUUGAUCCCGCAUCAAAAGACAUGGAUAUGGCUCUCGAUAAUAUUGUUCCGCAGGAUUUGAAUUGGCAACAUCUGGCUGAAGGCUCAGAGGCAUCGCACACGAAAACGGCCCUCGUUGGCACCUCUGUACAAAUUCCCAUAACUGAUGGUCGUCUAAAUCUCGGAACAUGGCAAGGCAUUUACCUCACCGAGUUCCGAAACUUGGCUCACGUUCGUCGGGUUGUUGCCACAAUUUUGUAA